AAAGUCAUAAAGCCCAAACCCCUCAAUCCAUUACUUCGUCCUUCUUGUUACUCUUAGUCACUGGACUACAUUCUUCCAGGCCACAAACCGUGAAAGCUCCACGGCGUCGCCGCCAAUGGCUUACCACCGGCCGUCUGGCUUCCUGGUGCUCCUCAUCUUCUUCGCUCCAGCUUUCUACUAUCUCUCCGAGGCUGAGUAUAUUGCCUACAACACCACCGCCGGGAUUGUCCCGGGAAAGCUCAACGUCCACCUUGUUCCUCACUCUCACGAUGACGUCGGCUGGCUGAAGACCAUCGACCAGUAUUACGUUGGUUCGAAUAACUCCAUCCAGGGAGCAUGCGUGCGGAACGUUUUGGAUUCAGUUGUUUCUGCCCUUCUGGAGGAUAAGAACAGGAAGUUUAUAUAUGUUGAGCAGGCGUUUUUCCAGCGUUGGUGGAGGCAACAGAGUAAUGCAAUAAAGAAAAUCGUGAAGGGACUGAUCAGCUCCGGUCGACUAGAGUUAAUAAACGGGGGCUUCUGCAUGCAUGAUGAGGCGGCUUCGCAUUAUAUUGACAUGAUUGAUCAGACAACCCUGGGCCAUCGCUUCAUUAAGCAGGAGUUUGCGCAGAUUCCGAGGAUUGGUUGGCAGAUAGAUCCGUUUGGACAUUCGGCUGUACAGGCUUAUUUGCUUUCCGCAGAGGUUGGAUUUGAUGCUCUGUAUUUUUCUCGAAUUGAUUACCAAGAUAGGGAUGAAAGAAAGGACUUGAAAAGUCUUGAGGUUGUAUGGAGGGGUUCCAAGACUUUUGGUUCAUCAACCGACGUUUUUACUGGCAUUUUUCCUGUAAACUAUGAACCUCCUCCUGGAGGUUUUUAUUUUGAGGUUAAUGACGACUCCCCAGUCAUUCAGGACGAUCUACUUUUGUUUGAUUACAAUGUUCAGGAACGAGUAAAUGAUUUUGUUUCUGCUGCUAUAUCACAGGCAAAUAUUACACGUACUAAUCAUAUCAUGUUCACCAUGGGGACUGAUUUUAAGUAUCAAUACGCAAAUUCCUGGUUCAAACAAAUGGACAAGUUUAUUCAUUAUGUUAACCAGGAUGGGCGAGUUAAUGCCUUUUAUUCAACACCUUCCAUAUAUACCGAUGCAAAAUAUGAUGCAAAUGAAUUUUGGCCUCUCAAGACAGAUGACUUUUUCCCAUACGCAGAUGGACCAAAUAGAUAUUGGACAGGAUACUUCAGCAGUAGGCCUGGUUUCAAAAGAUUUGUUAGAGUGUUGAGUGCUUACUAUCUAGCAGCAAGGCAACUGGAAUUUCUUAAAGGAAGAAACAGCUCAGGGCCAACCACUGACAGUUUGGCUGAUGCUUUAGCCACUGCUCAACAUCAUGACGCAAUCAGUGGAACUGAACAACAGCACGUUGCAAAUGAUUAUGCCAAACGGCUAUCUAUAGGCUAUGCAGAGUCUGAGAAAAUAGUUGGGUUAUCUCUCGGCUGCUUGACAGAGUCACUUUCAAGUUCUGAUUGCUAUGACCCCGCAACAAAGUUUGAACAGUGUCCGCUUCUGAAUAUAAGUUACUGUCCUCCCUCAGAAGCAGAACUCUCUCAGGGAAAAAGCUUGGUUGUUCUUGUGUACAAUUCACUUGGAUGGAAAAGGGAGGAUGUGAUUCGAAUUCCAGUUGUCAGCGAUUCAGUUAUUGUCCAUGAUUCUUCCAAUGGUAGAGAAAUUGAAUGUCAACUUCUUCCUAUUUCCGAUGCUAUUAUGAGAUUAAGAACUCGCUAUGUCAAAGCAUAUCUAGGCACUUCUCCCAGCGCCCGUCCUAAAUUUUGGCUUGUAUUCCCUGUUUCUGUUCCACCUCUCGGUUUCAGCACAUAUGUUAUAUCUAGUGCUACAAAGAGAGGCUCUAUCACUUCAUUGUCAACUUCGUACUUAUCAAAGGGAACUAGCAAAGACAACAUGGAGAUUGGUCCAGGAGACUUGAAGCUCCUUUACAAUGUGGAUAAACAGGAGCUCUCUUAUUAUUCCAACAAAAGAAGCUCUGUUAAAUCAUCCUUAGGGCAGUCAUAUAAGUACUAUAUUGGAGCAGUUGGAGAUAAAACUGAUCCACAGGCCUCUGGAGCUUAUGUUUUUCGCCCAAAUGGAACUUCUCUGAUCAAAUCUAAACAGGUUCCAUUGACUAUUAUGCGAGGACCCCUAGUAGAUGAAGUGCAUGAACAGGUCAAUCCAUGGAUAUAUCAGAUUACAAGGGUAUACAACGCAAAGGAGCAUAUAGAGUUUGAGUUUGCAGUUGGUCCGAUGCCCAUUGAAGAUGGAAAUGGGAAAGAAUUAGCCACCCAAUUUACUACGAGGAUGCUGACCAAUAAGAUAUUUUACACAGAUUCAAAUGGGCGAGAUUUCUUAAAGAGGAUUCGAAAUUAUAGGUCAGACUGGGUACUGCAAGUACACCAACCUGUUGCUGGAAAUUAUUAUCCCAUCAACCUUGGGAUUUACUUGCAAGAUAACCGCACAGAACUCUCCCUCUUGGUAGACCGUAGUAUGGGUGGUUCCAGCAUACAGGAUGGGCAAGUAGAAUUGAUGCUUCAUAGGAGGUUGCUUCAUGAUGAUGGUAAGGGAGUAGCAGAGGCGCUCAAUGAAACAGUUUGUGUCAAUGAUGAAU